CAUGUCGCGGUUUUUCAGUGCAGCAUGUGGUUGCGUGACGACCUGUGAGCCUUGCAAUGGUUUCGUUACGCUUGGCAGCCGGAUGCCUGGCAUUCCGCUUGGCAGAUGGCUUUGCACGCAAUGCGCUCCUUGCAAACCAGAUCAUGCUUUUUCAGCACCUCUGCCACUUCGGUACGAACACCGCCCAGCGCGCUGCCAAGUUUCUGAACGCGGCCUGCGCGGUGACGCCGUUGGUCGUUGGAGCCUAUCAGAGCCGAUCUGGCAUGAAACUCUCGAUGCUGGUGCUGCUGGGCUGUGUGCUUGAAGCACUUUGCACGGCGACCACAGCCGUCGUUGGCGCAUCCCCUGACUGGGCCUUGAGCUGGGAACCCACCAUCAGGCCGCAUGAAAGCUACGCGAUUGUCUUUGUUUUAACCGCCUACGCAUUGGGCUAUGGAGCAGUCACAAGUGCCAUGCCUGUCAUGACCAGGAGAGCUGCACCAGAGGGAAGUCUGUGCGCUGGCCUCAUGCAGGCCUUUGUAGCAGUCCUCUCCGCUGGAGCCAUUAUGGGGAUUAGCGCAGCUGCGCUGGCUCAAUCCUAUCAUGAGGAUCACUGGGCACUGCUGAGCGCGGUCAUUGCGCUAGCGUGUGGCAUUUGCUUUCUUCCACCAAUUGGAGGCACGCCUUUGCCCUUUGCAAGGUGCAUCCUCCGCUUAGCCUUGCGCUUGGGGCCAGAAGAGCUUGCGCUUUGGGAAGCGAGAGAGGAGGCGACCAAUCGGCUCUUAGGCACUUCUACGACGCCGCUCGGAGCGGCGUCCGAACAAAGCCUUUCGCAACUCAUGCCAUUGUUUUGGCGCCUGCUCCUCUUGGUGCCGUUCUAUGGUGCUGCCAUUCAAUGGACCACCUCUUGGUAUGUCCAAACUGCCUACCUCGAUAGGAAUGUUGCUGGCUUCAAGGUACCUGUCUGCCUACUCCAGGCAUUCGAGCGCUUGAUGAGUCUGGCAGCGUUGACCUUGUUGCGUGGUACCUUUGUGCUGAAGCUCAAGCCGUCCACCCGCCUCUCCCUAGGAUCCUUUCUGGCGGCACUCAGCAUGUUUUGCAGCGCUGGGGUGGAGAUUUGGCGCAGAGACUGGAGUCAAAGGCUGGCAGGAGACCCUGACAUUUCCAGCUUGACGGUCUUGUGGCUUUUGCCUCAGUUCGCUCUGAUUGCCGCAGCAGAGGCUUUCGUUUAUCCAGCAUCAGCGGAAUUCGUCUCUGCUUCAACUUGGCACUACGGGCUCGGCUGCCUGGUGCAAGCUGCUGCCGUGGCGAUGUUGGGGUUGGUACUGGGGCAGCUACAGGACUGGAUCCCUGAGUCUUCUCCGAAUGACGGGCACUACGACAAGUUCUUCGCUUGCGUGGGAGCUGCCUGCCUCAUAGCAACGGUUCUGUUUCUAGCGUUUCCGUUCUCCUCUUCGAGCAUGUCUGCGCUGAGGUGAAGAGGGACUUCGC